AUGGUUUACCAAGAUCGUUUACCAUAUUCUCCUUAUCGCUCAUUAUAUCAAAGACCGGCUUACCUGAAUUGGUUACCUUUUCGAAUAUCGUCAUUUUCGAGAUUGAUUAAAAAUUUCAUAAUGUUAUUAUUAAUAAUAUCAUUUAUUUCAAUUACAUUUCUUCGAUUUAAAGAACAUACUCAUCAUGAUUUAAUAGAUUCCAAAAAUAUACCAAUAUUUAAUAAUUAUAGUGUAAUGGUUUUUAUAGUUGAUGGCGAACAACAAGCCAAUAACUUACAACCAAUCUUUUGUCAAAUCUCAAAAUCGGAUGUAAUAUUUACACAUGUAAUAACAACUGGAGGAAAACAUGGAAUGAGUGGUUCAACUUUAAAACAAAAGUGUGAUCAAAUAUCGGAUUGUCAAAUAAUUAUUCAUGAUUUAAAUAUUUCUAAAAAUUAUGAUAUCUUUAUUAAAGUCUUUACCGAAUUAAUUCAAUUACUUAAUCAUCUUAAGCCCGAUGUAUUGUUAUAUAUUAAAGAUACAAAUAAUGAAGCAUUAAGUGGUAUUGAAAAUGCAGUCAAUUCAUUUAAAAAAAUAAUGGAUUUUACAGAUAUCGCAAUACCUAUAGAUGAUGUUAACCACCUGAUGUGGUUAACAGAUUUACCAAUUGAAGCAUUAAAGCAAUGGAAUUUACCAAAAUUUCAAUUACAAGUUGUCACACAAGAUCGACCGGAUUCUUUGGCUCGUCUGAUUAGAUCAUUAAAAUCAUCUCAUUAUUUUGGUGAUGAAAUAACAUUAACGAUUAAUAUGGAUCGAGGUGUCGACCCUGUCACCAUGGAAUAUUGUAAAACACUUGAAUGGAAAUUUGGUCAGAAAAAACUUCGGCAUCGAAUAGUUCAAGGUGGAUUAAUGGCUGCAGUAGUGGAAUCUUAUUAUCCUACUGAUAAUAAUGAUUAUGCUAUAUUACUUGAGGAUGAUGUAGAAUUAUCACCAUUCUUUUAUAUUUGGACAAAAUAUAGUAUCUUAAAAUAUAAAUAUGGAAUUGAACGAGUUUUAAGUAAAAGAUUAUUUGGUAUCAGUUUUUAUGGUACCAAAAUUAAUGAAUUACAUUUACCUGGACGUAGAGCAUUUGAUCCUAAAUUAUCAUUAGAAGGUACUAGCUUUCCUUUAAAUUCACCAUAUCUUUGUCAAGUUCCUUGUAGUUGGGGUGCUGUAUAUUUUCCUGAAAUUUGGAAAGAAUUUCAUUAUUAUUUUCCUGCAAGAUUACAAGAUUGGAAAGGUUUAAGAUUACAAAAUAUUACUAUUCCGGAUGUUCGUUCAAAUAAUUGGAAAAAUUCUUGGAAACGUUUUUUUAUAGAGUUAGCAUAUAUUCGCGGUUACGUUAUGCUUUAUCCGAAUUAUGAUAAUUUUAUAAGUUUAUCUACCAAUCAUGCUGAAGCCGGAACACAUAUUCAUCUUGUUGAAGGAAAACCUGCUCCUAACGAUAUUUUCGGUGUACCUUUGAUGGAAGAAAAUGAUGUAUUGUCAGGUUUACCUGAUGGUAAAUUACCAAAUUAUAUAAAUUUACCUAUGUUAGAUUUAUUAGGUAAUAUUGUUUCUGCCGAAGAAAUUGUUCAAAGAGGACGUAUUUUACAUAGUGAGAUUUCAUUGUGUCCUCCUAGUGAAAAUGAUGAAAUUUCAUAUGAUUCACGAGAUUUAUUAUGUGUAGACGCGGAAGCAAUGCAACUGGCCAUUGAAGCAAAAGCCGAAAUUAAGAGAAAAAAUGAUAAAUUAAUGACAGCAUUAAAAUUAAUUUCUAUUGAAUUUAAUGAUACUGAGACCAUAUCUUCAAAAUUAUUUGAUAUGGCAAUUGAAAUAAAUAAUAAUGAAAGGGAAAAUAUAAGAACGGUAAAAGAAGUGAGAACAUUAACGUAG